AUCCUGAAGGAUCUCCGCGCGCGCAUCAACUCCCAUUCUCCUAUCUCCCGCCUGCCUGCGGAAAUCCUGAGCGAGAUAUUCCUCCACUCAUUCGACAGACCCAACAGGGAGUCAAUACCCCCAUUUUUACCCUCAUCGACUCAUAUACAGGAUCAGAUCGACGAACACAUUGCGACCCUACUCCCUUUGACCCAUGUCUGCCAGAGUUGGCGACGAGUGGCCCUUCAAUUCCCGGCUCUGUGGACCGACAUCGACUGUCAUAGCCGCGAUCAAUAUCUUGCCUUCAAGGAACGGUCUCAAGAGCUCGGCGUGUCGCUAGUCCUUGGGCACACCGCCUAUAUCAGCAACGAGGCCGUAGAAGAAGUCGUAUCCUCCCUGAUCCAUCGCGUUCAGCGACUCGACAUGGAGCUGGAAUGUCCGGAGCUGAAGCCUCCACCAUGGAUUUUCACCGCAUCGGCUCCCCGCAUGGAGUGUCUCAACCUUGUCAUCGGGUGCGACGACACUCAAUUCCUGGGUCGUUGGCGAAGCUCGCCGGAAGGGAGGUUUCUCUUCCGGGAUGAAAUCUCGUCGUUACGAGCUCUUUCGCUGUCUGGACUCCUCAAGUGGAUACCCAUCAACAGCUUCCCCAACCUCACGCACUUUGCCCUCUCU